CAGCAAUGCAGUGGCAUUCAGAAGCCGGUCAGUUGUGGACGCGUCCACCACGUGUUUGGUGUUUGUGGUGCAUUUCUUAAACGAUAAAAGCAUAGUAAAGAGUUUGAACUGCAGUGGAGAUUUUCACAGCGCAUGCGCGCCUAUAAAUCGUGAAAAAAACAAUAAAUAAUAAAACAACAGAAAUUUAGUGCUCAAUAAAAGUACGAAAAUGCAUUUGAGACAAGUUUUGGGUCCCGCGUGUGUUUUCGUUUUCUUCUGCUGGAGCGUGUGCGCACAAGAUGUGACCACAACAUCUGCAGCAACCGCAGCAACAACAACAAAUGUUGCUUUAGAAACAUCAGCAACAACAACAAGCACUACAUUAGAGGGCGCUAGCACUGCUGAAAUAUCAAGCACCGCCAGCUCUGUGCCUGCAGUCACCCCUCCAACCACUAUAUCUGUUAAAACGAGCGAUGAGACUAAAGCAGCCGACAGCGUUGCGAAUGGUAAUGCAGCAGCAAGUGCUUCGAAGCCGAAGAAAUAUUUUACAGUUGGCGAUCUACCCGUUUGCAAACAAAGCAGCCCUGAAUUAAACGACUGCAUGAAAAAUCUCUUACAAAAGUCCUUGGAACGCCUGAAAAACGGCGAUCGCGACUUGAAUAUACCGAUAAUCGAUCCGUACAAGCUAAAUCGCACGACAUUUCAGUAUGCCAGUGGCACCAUACGCGGACGCAUAAUAAUGCGUGAUGGACUCACAUAUGGAUUUUCGAAAUUGGAAAUCAAAUCGCUCGACUUUAAAAUAAAUGGUAAUAAAGUCUCAAUAAAAUCGCUCUCAUUUGUGCCAGUGAUAACAAUCGUGGGCAAUUACAAGGCAGAAUUAAUACUAAACAAUAUACAAUUGCGGCCCAAGGGUGUCUUCAAUGUGUCGCUGGUGAAUGUGAAUAUUGACCAAUCAUAUGAGGGUACUUUCUACGAGGCGGAUGGUCAUCGUUUUGUGCGCAUGAGCAGAUUCAACGCUGAGCCUAAGGUUGGCGACUUUAAACUGUCGGCCACUGGUGUGUUUCCCGACCCAACAUUGAAUGAGCUUGCUGUAAAUAUUGUGAAUCAAUAUUGGCGUCAAAUCUUUCAAGUUUUCUUGCCCGAAACACGUCAAUACUGGGGCCCAAUGCUGCUGCAACAGCUCAAUGAUAUUAUGUCUGUUGUGCCAUAUGAUGUUUUUGUUGUUGAUUAAUAUUUUUACUGAGACAGCGGUUUUGAGUUGUACUGUUCAGUUAUUGGUGAAAUUAUAUAGCAGCAGAGCAAGUUCGGCGCUUAAGUCUUUCGUUAUUACCUUCAUUAGUAGACGCCGGCGUUGCAAAAUGGAAAAAAUCUUGAGAGUAUUAAGUGCUUGUAAUUGUUAUGACUUUCAUUUUGUAAUGCAAUCGCGUUUUUGAAAUUUUUAAUAAAAAAGAAAUUCUAAUUAUAAA